AUGAAAAAUUUAGCUAUCAAGAAAUCAUAAAAUAAAGGGAAUAUCACUGAGUAAAAAUUGAGAGCAGACGUAUUAGUCAAAUCUGAUAAAAAGACAAAUAUUAAUUUUUAAAAAGUGCUUAAUCUAGAUGGAGAUUGUCGCCAGCCUGUGCAUGAUACCUUUAAUUUUAAUGAUUUAGAUUUAGACAUUAAUGAGGACAUUAAAUUUGCUGAUGAUUUUCACAGAACUCCACUCAUCAAGCCUAAUAAGUUCUCAAUUAAAUCUCUAAAAGGCUAGGUUGAGAGAGUUGAGGAUAAUUUUGAAUCAAAGACUACUGAAGCAUAUAUUACUAAUGAAGGCGAGGAAAAUCUUAAUGAUGAUGAGUUCUAAGAGUUCAAGCCUUUCAAGAACACAAUAAAUUUUUAAAAUACAUAAAAAUUGACAAGGCUACAAACAGCAAAGAGUUCUAUUUAGUUAGGUUACACAACAGAAAGAUUUGAACGAAAAAGAGUCGAUUUAACUAAUAAUAAUAUGGCUAUUGAGGUAGGAGAUUGUUCAGAGUCAGUUGAUUUAGAAUUAAUUCAAAAGCAGGUUCCAUAUGACUCAGGUACCAUAAAACCCUAGAUCAUAAGGCCUAUACUUAUGUAAACACCAAACAAAUCAGCCCCAAAAGCUUAUAAAAGGACUGGCUGUAAAACUCCAAGCACUACUUUAGUCUAAUUCAAAUAAUGUAGAUAAAUGUUUGCCUAAUAGACAAAUAAAGUUUUGUAGAACAAUAUGUACUAAUCUUGCUCUACGUAUAGUUUGAUAAAAACCCCAAAUAAGGAAAAUUCUUCAGCUAGAAGAUCUACAUCCAGGUCAAAUAAUAGACAGGACAGCAUCUUAAUAUACAAUCAAAAUGUAAUAGAUAACCCAGAUAAUUACUAUAACGAUUAGACUUAAGAUAGUUAGCAAAAAAGCAGAUUGAACCAAUUUAAUAUAAGAAAUGAAGAGGAAAAGAAUAGAAUUAGAUUUUAGGAGGAACUUAAUGAGUGGCAUGAGAAGUAUAGUAGCUUGAAUAUAAGUAACUAUCAGGAUUAAGUAAGUGUCCCUUUUGGUACUGAAGGUUGCGAGUAACCUGUGUAAAAUACUCAACUUUCGCAUCGCAGAUUUGCAUCAAAUUCAAAGGAAAGAUACUAUAGAGAUCAAUUCGCUUCAAAUAUGAAUACUCUAAGUGCCUACAAAACUGCUGAUAUGGAUGAUAAGGAGUAUAAGACACAGACAAAAUAAAGAUAACACUUCUAAGAGCAAUCUUCAAGCAGAAUUAAGCUGACUUACUCUGAUCAAAAAGAAGAUCUUGAACCAUACAAAUCAAGAUUUAAUUCCUAAAGGGAUAGUGACACAAAUUUCGCUCUAAGAAUGCAAAACUACCACAACUCAUAAGUAUUCUGA